GAGGAUUUUAAUAUUUUUAUGAAAUUUAUCGUUUGCUUCAAUUCUGUGAAAUUUAGAUAUUUUAAGCCACUGACUUAUCCCAAUUUUCAUAUCAACACAUUAUUAAAAAAAUUAAUCGUUCCCGACUCCCAUUUAGGAUAUUAAAAUCGCUCACAAACACAACCAUAUUCUUAUAAUGAUAUUUAUUCACGCGCGGAUAAUUAUUUCAAAAAGUUCUUAAUGAUUUCAUCGUAUUCCACAACCACCGAACAAGAAGACGUCAACUUUUGGAGACGCGAAGCUGAAACGAAUAAAAAGAAAUUCAUAGAAUUGCAAGAAGAAAUCGACGAUUUUCGACAAGGAAGUGCGGAAUUGGAGAAAGAGCUAGAAUCUCACGUUAAAAUUUUGGAACGGAACAAUCAGGAGCUCAAAAUUAACAAUUCUAAAUUAUAUAACGAAUCACAAAAUUACAAACGCAAAUUCGAUCAACUCAACGCUCAACACAAUCAAGAAAUAUCGGAAUUGAAUAUCCAAUUAACCCAAAAUAUAAACGCCAAAGAAAGCCUGAAAAACUAUAUCAGAGAACUCGAGCAAUCAAAUGACGAUCUUGAGAGGGCUAAAAGGGCCGCUAUAGUUUCUCUCGAUGAUUUUGAAGUCAGGUUGAAUCAAGCCAUAGAAAGGAACGCCCUGCUGGAAUCAGAGUUGGGCGAAAAAGAUCAAUUAGUUGAAACGGUGCAGAGACUCAAGGAUAAAGCUAAAGAACUGAAAUUAGAAUUGGAUGUUAAACAGCAAAAUAAAUAUUCGCCUCGCGAUUAUAAAACUCGCACUACGAGUUCGUUUAACGAAUCUCCAAAAGAUGAAAGCCAAGGAAACUUAUCCUUAACCAACCGAAAUGACAUUUUAAUGGACAUUGUUGAGAACAUAGAUACUAUUUCGACUAAACUCAACAAUUCAUCUACGAAAAAAUCUUCGAAAUUUUUCACUCAUUCGCUUAGUCCUAAUGUUAAUAGUAAUUGCCAGAUAAUUUCAAAUACGACCGCUAAAUUAGGAAUAUGUUCUAAUUCGUCAACUACUCCUAAUAAUUCGUAUACUAAUUCACCUCUUACACCCUCCUCCAGGGUCAAUGCUCUCAAUUUAGUUAGUGAACUUAUCAAAAAAGUUGGGGCAAUAGAAAACAAAUUGGCUUCUUGUCGAAAUUUCGGCUUAUCCCGUCAGAGCGAAAAUAUAAAAAAUAGGCAUUCUACACUCAAGGAUACCAUUACUAACACAAAUUUAUAUAACGGAGUCGAAAACAAGAUUGGGUGAAUGAGAAUAUGAAUGAGAAAAAUAAAAUUAUUAAAUCUGAUGUAAUUGAGAUAUAUGAAAUUUAUAGAUAAAAAAGUGAAGGAUCCUUUCCCUUAUAAUAAUCACGCCAAUAUUUGUGUUUUAAAAA